UACCUAGACUUUCUAGAUUAUUAAUUAGGAAUAGUAAUCGCUUAGCAAAUUCUGCAACGGAGGAUGGGCGACGUCCUAGGGAAGAUAAAAGGUGAUCCGGAUAUUGAACGAGAUCGGGGAAUCCAAACUCGGGAAGAUCAGCUCGGGUAUUGUGAGAAACGGAAUGACCUGCUAAAAUACACAAGGAGUGCAGAAGAAGGCAUAAAAUACCACAACAAGAAGCACGAGGGUGCUAAAUUUAAGCUGGUGGAGAUCAUAUCUGCAUGUUCUUUCUUUUCUAUGGGUGUUUGGGAGCAUAUCAACUUCACUGCUUCUGAAGAUGACAAGUCUCUGAAAUUGUUUUUUGCUGAAUUGUCACAUGGAGAAGCUCAUUGGGGAACGAAUCAUAAUACAGAAGCCGAAAAAAUCACUGCAUGUUGUUUGCUGGAAGAAGGCUUAUGGAUUUUUGAAUGAAGGGAAGUUGUCAUGAUUCCAGUGUUUCAACCUUGAUCCCCAGCACCUUAAGGAUAGGUGUGGAGCGUGGUAGAGGAAAAUGGUGAGUGCACUUAAUUUUUAAAAUGAUUUUGGUUGGUUGAAUUGCAAUUAGUUGAUUUGAUUAAAAACCGAUUUGGUAUUUUGCUUUUCUACUUUUUACUGUUCUUCUUCAAAGUAAAGCAAUUAAAAGUACAAAGUGUUUGAUGGGUGAUUGUUAUAAAAACAAAUCAAAAUGUAUAUUACCUUUCAUUUCAAAAUGCAUGAAAAUUGAUUUUUUUUUAAUGAAAAAAAGGGUGCGUAUACUAUUUAAAAGAUAAAAAUAACAUUAAAUAACUUUAAAUUAUAAAAAUACCAAUGUUAUAUAUUUUACCUUAAUCCAUUAAGUUUAAAGCAUUAUCAAGAUAAAAACAAGCAUUUUCUUCAUCCCUUUUUUUAAAAAGACUUGUAUUACUCAUCACUUUUGAUUUCAAGGAUAGAAACCAUUUUUUCGAGUUAUUUAUUUAAUUUCUGAAUAAAAAUCUUAAAGUUAUGUUCUUAAUAGUAAUUUUAGUUCAAGAAACAUUGCAAUUGAUUGCCGAACAUACGAGUGAUUUUAACUAGGCACUACAAUUUCAACCAAAUUUGAUGGAUACCGACCCUAAGGUGUAGGAAAUUUUAUGGAUAGUAAAAUUUCCUACCCUUAGGGUUUAGGGUUGGUAUCCAUCAAAUGGAUGCUAUCUGCUCUACCUAAUCAAUUUGCAUGUUAUUCAAAUAGCUUAGAUAGACCAACAGUUAUGUUUUCAUGUGAUAAUCUUUUUAUUGUUGGGGUUAAGAGUCCAAAUUAUUUGGGGGAUUCAAUCAGUUAACUCCCAGGAGAAAUUGUUGCUUCCAUUGUGUCCCGCUUGAGAAUUAGAGAAGCAGGAAGAACUAGCAUCCUUUAGGGUAGAUGGAAAAAUAUGUGGACAAUGACCACUUGCUUACACUUUGAUGGUACAAAUUCAAUGCGGGAUGUCUGCCUGAAUGAGAAACUAUUGACUACGUGAGUGUGUAUGAUGGAUGAAUCAAGUGUUGGACUCGCAUAAAAGUUUGAAUUUAAACAAUUUUAUGAUCUCGUUUUGAUUUGAAUGAAAGUUUUCAUCUUGAUGUUGAUAAAUACGUCACCUUCUUGCAUAAAUUUACUAUGCAUUUGACUGAUUUUUGUUCAUAUAUUAGAAUUUCAAAACUUGAGGCCUCCAAAUUGUUGAUGGUAAAUUGCAAAUUUUACGAUGCCUAUUGUUUUCGUAUAGGUCUUGACUCCCUUCACCAGUUUUCAGAAGAAAAUCAAGUUGAAUUUGUAUCUGUAGUGAUUAUAGUUAUUAGUUAUACUUUGAACAUCAAAUGCUAUUUUAAUAUAGUAUAUUAAAAUAGCAUUUGCAAGUUAAUUGAUCAUAGUGCAAAAACAGCAGACGACAAUCUAAGGAUUUGUGUCUGGAUAUAUGUAUUUGACUUUAGCUGUCUAAACUCUAAACAAUGUUUGUUGACUUGUGGGAGCUUGUAACUGUUUAUUUUAUGGCCUUUCUAUAAUCCUAUGAUCCAUAUUGACGUAAA